AUGGAUUGUCCAAACGAGUCGGAAUGCGUAGCACUCUCGUCUGGAGUUACCACCCCUGACAACCAGACGCACUAUGUCACUUGCGAAUGUAUAGAAUACGCCCUCCGAUUCAACGAGACUACAAGGACCUGCCAGGACGUCGACGAAUGCAAAGAGGACUCGGAGAACGUCUGCCCCAAAGAGGCCGUCUGCCAGAAUACCAUCGGCGGCUUCAACUGCAAAUGCCCGGCCGGGUACAAAUGGGACUCCGAUACGAACAAGUGCAACAACGUCAACGAGUGUCUGUGCCCGGGCCCCAGCAACGAUUGCUACGACCAGGACAAGUGCGGCGCGAUGGCAGGGCUUUGCGAGGACACAGAUGGGUCUUGGAUCUGCAUCUGCGAAGAAAACUUUGGCCACCCACAGGGGUCGAUGGACAACCAGACCUGCGAGCGCAUCAAAGACUGCGCCAACAAGAUUGACAUAUGCGAUAGGGAAUCGACUGUUUGCGAGGAUGAGCAGGCUGGCUACAGCUGCAGGUGCAAGCCCGGAUUCCAGCCGAUCACCGAAAACGAGUAUCAAUGUGAAAACAUUAACGAAUGCCAGCCCGAAAAUCCUUGCCCGGUUCACGUUGUCACCAAUCAGCCGUUCGAAUGCAAGGACACUGUCGGCUCGUACUAUUGUCAGUGCAGCAAUGGAUAUGUGCAGGUCGAUGCUACCCAUUGCAAAGACAUCGAUGAAUGCCUGCAAGAACCAUGCCUCGCCAACUCGGAGUGCGUCAACAAGGAAGGAACCUUUGAGUACCUGUGCCCCGAUGGUUACAACAAAACUAUAACCGGCAUUGGACCACUGGAUUACCAGUGCGAUAUCAUCUCAACUUGUGAUCAGCCGCCUUGCAAA